AGGUGGUGUUCCUGAACUUAAGAGAGCAAGGGAGCUGACCAGAUUUUUGGGGAACAAUGUCCUAGCCUCACAGGUGUAGUUGUUUGGGUUCCUUGCAAGUUGCAACUGCAAUUUUGUGUUGUACUUGAUCAGUUUCUCUUACUCUUGCAAUUUCUUCUUUUAGGGAAAUACUGUCGUCGGGUAUUCAAUCCUCAACUGUCUUUGUGCUUUUUGUUAUUCUCAACUUCAAUGCGGUGCAGGUUAUACAGGGCCAUACUCCUUUCAAACAAUUGGUGAAAAGAUUUGAGAAUGAAUUCAUUGUUGCUGUUGGAAAAGGUGAACCUGCUGAAGUAAUGUCUGAUUAUGGAUUCAAAAAUGUCCUCUCAAUUGAUGAAUAUGCAUCACUUUUUGAGAAUAUUGACCCAUUGGCACAAUACAAGAAGUGGGCAGACAAACAGUUCCAUGAUAAAGUCACUUCGAGACAAGAUCCAUGUUCAGAGAGGGUCCAGGCUGUCUUCGUUGUUAGCGAUUCAAUUGAUUGGAGCCGGGAUAUUCAGGUUCUUUGUGAUAUUUUAAGGACCGGAGGCCAACCGGGAAGAGAGAUUGCACACCAACCGCCUAUCUUUUUUGCCAGUGAUGACCUUGCUUAUCAGGCUUUAUUUCCCUCUGAACGUCUUGGAAUGGGUGCCUUCCGAGUCGCACUAGAAUCUGUAUUUAAUAGCAUUCACCCAAAGCCUCUGGAAUAUACAUCAUAUGGGAAACCAAACUCCUCUGUGUUUAAACAGGCUGAAGCAACAUUGAUGCAACUUAAGUCACCACAUCAUCAGGAAACAAGCCGCGAAAUGCAUCCCUUCAAAACCUUGUACAUGGUUGGAGAUAAUCCAUCUGUAGAUAUCAAAGGAGCUCGGCAGGCGGGAAAUCCUUGGUUCUCAAUUUUGACAAGGACAGGAGUUUUCAAGGGAAAUGCCAAUGACACCGAUUUUCCAGCAGAUCAUGUUGUAGACACUGUGGAAGAGGCAGUGGAGUAUAUUUUGAGCAGGGAACGACGCUCGUUGUCAUGAGAAAAUCAGCCGAAUUUCAUUCCUUUUGGUUCGAGGGAACAACUUUUUUCGAGAUUAACAAGCGAAUGCAGAAUCAGCCAAAUUUCAUUCCUUUUGGUUCGAGGGAACAACUUUUUUCGAGAUUAACAAGCGAAUGCAGAGCUUUGGGUACGUUAUUUUAUGCCAUUCAUUAUGAUAAACAAAAAAAGUAUCUGUCUUAUUGACUGGCUAGCUUGAGGGAACACAAGUUUAUCUUAGGUAGGUAAUGUGAAUUGUGAAUUGGUGUGUCAUUACCUUCGAUUCGGGAAGGUUAUAUGAGCUUUAUCUGGGUGUACGGUUGUAACAAAACGAAUGCUUUUGAUUGAAUUCAUUUUUGCAUUUGGAGAUAGUGAUUCGUAUUGAGAAAAGAUGAAUAAGAAUGUAAAUAGUAGUGAUUAGU